AUGUUUAAAUGAUGAAAAAAGAAGUUUCAUGAGUCACACAAUCGCUAGCAUAAUAACAGCAGAAAAACAAUGAAAAGAAGUAAAGACGAUGAUGUACACAAUGGUUAACAGUAUCAUUGACCGACCGAGAACAUUACAAUAAAGAAUAAAACAGGUAAAACGAGAAAUGCAAUGUCGAUACACACGCAUUAAGUGCAAAAGUAUCAGCGCACGGGCAUUUUUCUAUAAAAAGUGCAUUGCCGAUGGUCAAAUUGAUUAAACAGAUAUUCAUUGCCGGAGGAAAUAGUUUAUUUAAAAGUGCAAAAAAUGAAAUCGUUUGGUGCUUUCGCCAUUUUGUGUGCAGUCAUUGCAAGUACAAAUGCUGCUCCUUACCUUAUUGAAAUUCCUGAUCACCACAUUGUAGUUCGUUCAGCUCAACAUGGACAAGGCUUCGGUGUCCCAGCUUUCGGUGGCCAAGCAUACAUUCAACAUGGUCAUCAACCAGGGUUCGGUCAUCAACAAGCAUUUGAUCCACCUCAACAUAAUUUUGGUCAUCAACAAGGGUACUCUCCUUAUCAUGCAUUCAGCCAACCACAAAAACAACAAGUAAAUAGUCAAUCGAACGCCAUAGCUCAGUCAUCGUCAAUAAACCAAGGAGGAUUCCCACCUGGUUUUGGUGGUCAAUUUGGAGGUUCACAGUCAAACGCCGCUUCAUCCGCUAACACGCAAUCAUUCACACAAGGAGGUGGUUUUGGUAGGCCAAGCUCAUCUGGUUCACAAGCCGGUGCAUCAGCGAAUGCCAACUCAGCCAGCUUUAAUCAAGGCGAUUUUGGGGGAUUCGGUGGAAACUUUGGUCAAACACAAUCAAACGCCGCAUCAAAUACAAACAGCCAAUCACAAGCCUACAACCAAGGAUUUGGAUUUUAGAACAUAACAAUAACAUCUUGUUCACACAAUUCUUUUCAAAACGUUAAGCAUCAAAUGGAAAUUUUUUCAAUAUUUUUUAGAAAUUUCCAAAAUAUAUUUUCAAGCAUAAAUUUAGAGGAAUAAAAACGGAAUAUUAA